AUGGCUUGCCUACACCGUCAGCGAUACAAACCAGAAUGGAGCUCGUUGGACACCAGGAGACUGCCCGAAUGGUACGAUGAUGCUAAGAUCGGACUCAUCAUUCACUGGGGCGUCUACUCCGUUCCUGCAUUCGAGAACGAAUGGUUCUGGCAUUCGCUCAAGAACCAUGAAUCACACUCCAUGCAGUUCAUGAAACACAACUUCAAACCAGACUUCACAUACCAGGAGUUCGCCCCCAUGUUCACUGCCGAAUUCUUCGAUCCUCAGAACUGGGUGAAACUCUUCAGCGCAGCGGGAGCAAGGUAUGUCAUCAUAACAGCUAAACAUCAUGAUGGGUACGCACUAUGGCCUUCCAAGUUUUCUCCGAAUUGGAACUCUCUCGAUAUUGGACCGCACAGAGACAUUGUCGGCGACUUGGCGAACGCUAUCAGGAAAACAACUCCCAAUGUACGAUUUGGCGUUUGUUAUUCGAUUACUGAAUGGUUUCACCCCUUGCGUCUCGCUGAUAAGGAAAAAGGAACCAGACUUUUCAUCACGCACAAAAUCAAACCUGAACUCAUAGACCUGAUCGAAAAAUACAAACCGGAAGUCGUCUGGGCUGUUGGAGACUGGGAAGAAGACGAGUCAUACAACCGGAGUGCGGAGAUAAUUGCCUGGUUAUACAACGACAGCCCCGUCAGAGAUUCCGUAGUCGUGAACGACCGCUGGGCGAAGGGUACCAGGAACAAGCACGGAAAUGUCUGGACCGGUGACACCGAAAUGGACCCUGCAACGCUCAUUCCUCACAAGUGGGAGAAAGCUGAGCCACUGGACCGCUAUUCUUACGGGCACCGAAGAAAUGUUUCUGUUACGGACUACUUAACCAUUGAGGAGCUGCUCCUGGUGCUCGUAGAAACGAUCAGCUCCAACGGCAACCUUCUCAUCAAUGUUGGUCCCGAUAAGGACGGAACGAUCUCUCCGUUGUUCCAAGAGCGGCUUCUUCAACUGGGGCAGUGGCUGAAAAUCAAUGGAGAAGCAGUAUAUUCGAGCAGGUCUUGGAAGACCCCGAACGAUCCUGUGUCGUCGUUUGUCUGGUACACAGCCAGUAAGAGUGGAGAAGUCGUGUACGCAUUUGUCCUGCAUUGGCCGCCUGGUUCCGAGCUUUCCUUGGGUGGAGUACAGCUGGAGGAAGGUGCUCGUAUUAGGAUGCUGGGAAAAGACGAUGACAUCAAGUGGGUGUCAGCGGGGCAAAAGAUUGUGGUGCACUUACCCACAAUGACGAUUGAUAUGCUGCCGUGUCAAUGGGCAUGGGUGUUAAAGAUAGAGAGAAAUGUUUGA